AUGGCUUCUGGGUCGCCGUCGUCCUCUCCGGACACUGCGACGGGCUCAGGUACAGACCCAGCCCGGCCCGACACAGGGGAGCCUCUCGGUGGAGCAGGCUCGGACUCAGACUCGGACCUGGGUUUGGGUAAAUUUGACUGCAGCGGUAUGGAAAUGGGAGACAGGCUGGAGGGAGAUGACCUGGAGCGGGACUUUGAGUCUGCAGCCGACCGAGUACGAGAUCUGGUUCAGACGGCCAGCAGGGACCAGCUGCUGUACCUGUAUGCACGAUACAAACAGGCAAAAGUGGGAAAGUGCAACACACAAAAGCCUGGCUUCUUUGACUUUGAAGGACAGAGAAAAUGGCAAGCCUGGAAGCAGCUCGGAGACAUGGAGGCGGAUCAGGCAAUGCAGGAGUACAUUUCCUGUGUGAAUGUGUUAGACCCUGAAGGAUGCACAAAGGAAAGACGAGGAGCAGAGAGAAGAACGGGCUUCGGAGGAGCAACAGUCAGCUCUCUAUACCAGGAAGAGAUGAUCAGGGAGGAGGAUAAGAACAUAUUUGACUACUGCAGAGAAAAUAACAUCGACCACAUCAGCCAGGCCAUCAUCUCCCAGGAAGUGGAAGUCAACACUAAAGACGAAGAGAGGAGGGAUUCACGCUGCUGAAGUGCCCUUUAGCAAAGCACCGAGUCUGUACCAGCCGCACUGUUAUUGUUAUGGCUGUGACCCCUCGUGCAGCAGGGCAGGUGAAGAUGAUGAGUGGAGUAUGAUGGAAGAAUACAGGUCACGGGGGGGAUGGUUCACGCAGCUCGUUACGUAACGCUUUCAAUGAUCUGAAACCACAAACACGUGGGAUCCACUCCUCA